UUGGCUAGAAACCAGACUAAGCAAGCCUUUUUUUCUUUUUGGCAGGCCAUCGCCGGAACUUCCGGCGAGCGGCCACCCGUUACAAAGGGACGCCACUAAAUCCAAAAUCCAAAUCCAAAGGUGGAUGUGCUGAGCAGCUGACCGCUUCAAGAAAUGCUGUUGUGUUGUUGACGCAGUAAAGCCUGUCAGCCACCGAGCAGGCCGCCGGUAUUCUCCAGUUAUCUCGUGUCGGCCAUGUCGAAAACAAGUCGCGAGAAAGAAAAGCCGCUGGAGCGCCUCAAGUCCCUCUUCGGCCUGGGCAAAGGCGGAUCCUCCUCGGGGCCGGGUUUCGCCGUCCCCAAAAUCGAGGAGUUCGCCAUCACGCCGGAGAUCGUCCGGGAUAUCGGAAAUGAGAGCAGCAUCUCGCACCGCACGAAAUCCAUCAAGGAACUCGUGGACAUUGUACGAACCAAAAGGCUCCAAGAGGGAGUUCCGGAGACCCUGUACACGCAGACCUGCGACCUGCUGCACCCCGCGCACGGGCAGGACGUGCGGCACACUGUACUCUACUUCUACUGCUGCCUCAUUCAGGGACAGUUUGAGCGCCUGGACAUCUCGCGGACGCACUUCUUCAACCUGAUCCAGGACUUGCGACACCCAGAGGACCUCGCUCUGAGACUGGACCUGCUGAAAGUGCUCACCGACAAGGGAAAGUGUCUAAGCCACUUCGAAGACAAAGCACCCCAGUUCCUGCUUCAAUGGAUGCCAGAGGUGUUGAGUGCCGGCAGGGCGUUCGACUUCCUGUCUCUCCUGAUCAACGUCAUCAAGUUCAACUCCUCCUUCCUGGACAAAGAAGUGGUUGCCGGAUUUGUGCAAAAUACCUGCAUCCUUUGCUGUAGGACCAACUCGGAAAGCGACGUCAGGCUGGGACUGGAGGUGCUGGACAGCGUAGUGGGCUACAGCCUACUCUCAUCCGAGGUGCUACCUCACCUGGUGCCUACCCUGUGCCGGACGGUGGUCCUUGCCAAGCUGUCCGAGCCCAGCUGGAGGACGAUGCGCAACCUCCAGGGGACUCAUCUUGGCCACAACGUCAUCUCCUACCUCUGCCGGAUCCUCGAAGACAGGGCCAACUACAGAGACUACACCCUGCUCAAAGGAGCGGUGUUCUUCGUGGGUGCAGCACUGUGGAGCCACAAGGCGGUGCCGACGCUCAAACACACGCCUGCCGCGGUGCUGCCUUCCAUAUACAGGGCCCUGGACUGCAAGCACCCCUCUGUGGCCUACGAGGCGGCCGUGGCUCUUCAGUGGCUGAUCGGCGAUCCGCCCAAGCCGAUCACUCCCUUCGUCUGGAAGUUUGUCCUUGAUGUCCUCGAGAAACUGGUUUGCCUCCCCGAGGUGGAGCAGGCUUCUGCGAGCUCACAGCAGUUGCAGCAGAUGGUUCAUGACAUUGUGUCCAAGGUGGAAAAAUCGUACGACGAAGGGACGUACAAGGGUUGCCCCCAGCGCCUCUUCAACAUUGUGGCAAAGUGCGCCUCCCUCAGGCCCGAGGCUUCCCUGCAGCGUCUGAUCCAGUACUGUGCGGAGAAGGCGCAGGUCCCCACCCUGAACUGGGUGACCAACCUGUCGGAGAUCCUGGAGAAGUACUUCAAGGCGGAGCCGCGGCCCUCUGUCCGCCUCUACACGCUCAACGUCGUCUCUUCCGUGCUCAGCAACAACAGGCACCUCUACGAGGAGGAACUGAUGAAGAAGGUGCUGCUCCCCCACCUCGGCGCGCUGGAAACGGAUCCCGAUCCGGCCGUGGUGACCGCGGCGGUCCAGCUGUUGACCGACUUCUUUCAGGACAGCGGCAGCCAGCAGAACAAUGAAGUUCUGGACAUCAUCGAAAAGGUGCUGAACCACCCGACUUGGUCGACAAAGCCGAACGGCGCUGAGGAGGUGCUUCCCGUGGAGACGGCGGCCAGAGGUCUCAUUGACGUUUUUCGGAAGAAGAUGUGGCUGAGCCCUCAGUGUGCCGUGGCCACUUUCCGUCUGCUAGUUGACCACGUACGUCGUCAAUACCGGCAGGACCCCUGUCAGCUGCUGGCGCCCGUACGCCUAGUGAUCAUGAAGUUCCUCGUGAGCCUGCGGACCAAUGCCCUGUACCAGAUCGGCAUGGACGAAGGGUCAGAAGAGGGAAUUCGCUACAGCCCCCACCUCCUCUGCCCCUUCAGGGAAGGCUCAGCCAUGAAGCAGUGCUCUCCAGCAAGUGCCAUUACAAACAGCGGCGUGGUGGCUGCAUCGGCACAACCCCACAUUGCUCACUUGGGCGUGACGGAAGUCUUUGACACCAUCAUCGCAAGCAUCAGGGAGGAGAGCGACUGGCCGGUCCUGUCGACAGUCCUGCAGGGUCUUCCCGGCCUGCUAAAAGACAAAGCGCUCGUCCUGAGUGGGCAGAUGUCCUUCCGCGCACUCUGCGUCCGCCUCCGCAAUCAAGCCAAUGAGCGAAACCGGAAGCCGCUGGACCAGAUGCACAGGGUGCCGGCCGGUGUCACGGCCUCUGACCUGAACGCUCUGCUGUACCCAGCCAUGGGUGCCAUGACCAUGUACCGGACAGAAUUGGACAGCUCCUCCAUGUGUAUGGUCAUCCACAUGCUGGAGCACGGGCUGGCUUCCAAGCAGGCCUGCGUGUGCCUGCGUGCCUUGGUGCUGGCAACACUGGAGAUGAGGGACGCGAUGGGCAAGUUGCUGCCCGAAGUGCUGCAGCGGCUCGCGCAGGUGUCGGCAACACUGGCGGUGGCCGUCCCGGUCCUCGAGUUCCUCUCAAACCUCAUCAGGAUCCCGCAGCUGUACGUCAGCUUUGUCGAGGAGCAGUACCGCAAGAUCUUUGCCAUUGCUCUGCCAUACACCAACCCCGUCAAGUUCAACCGCUUUGUGGUGGCGCUGGCUCAUCACGUGAUUGCCAUGUGGUUCCUCAAGUGCAGAAUUACCUUUCGGAAGGACCUCGUGCCUUACGUCAUCAAGAACCUCAAGAACAACUUGGAACUCCAUGUGGAAGACGGCGGCAUGGAAGACACAACGCAGCGGAAGAGAAGCAGUAGCCUCAACGAACCCAUGGCGGUGGCGGCCGCGUCGCGCAGCCGAAGCGAGGUGCGCCACUCUGUGGCGAGCGUCUCUUACGCCAGCGGCUCUGGCUCUUCUAGCGACAUGGUGAAGCUACAGGAGGAGCUGCUCGAGACCUUCGUCGACCUCAUGUCUCAGUACUGCUUCGGCACCUGCUCCUCGCAGCCGCACAGGUCGGCGACGUCCGAGUUCAUGCUGAAGCAGGGUCGCUCCAUGACCUGGCUGUUGGGCCACAAGAUGGUGACCAUCACAACGAGUGGCUGCGGGGGCCGCGCUUACCGGCUGGGCAUGUGCGAGCGCUGCUACUGCUUCUGCAGGGACGCCCAAGACCAACCGGACCCCUGCCAAGAAGGACUCCGGCCGGCGUCGGAAGUGCCACUGGCCGGUUUCCCGUCGGAAGAGCAGCAGGGCCAGAACCGGCGGCGCCACCAGUCGGAGGCGGACGGACGGAGCUCCCUCUCGGGGGCCGGAGCGUUUGCGUCGCGCAUGCUCUCCGGCACCAAGGAUGACCUCAGCCUUCGGCAGGUGUUCCCGGACAAGCGGGCCGGCAUGGGGGGCGACAGCGAGCCGGGUGACGGCAGGGGCGGUGGCGUCCGGUUGGGCGGAGCGCAUGGGUCUAGUCACGUGUCCGGAAGCACUUCUGGAGAAGUGCUAAGUCACGUGUGCAGCUGCUGGUGCUGCGGCUGGGCCGAGGUGUACGUCCGGCGCCCCACGGGUAACACGUCCUGGGUCAUGCGGCUCCAAAAUGACAUGUUCUCCAAGACCUGCACACCCGACUUCCCCCUGCCUGAUGUGUCGGCCAUCUUUCGCCAGCCCCAGAUGAUGGCCCAGGACUGGGCGGGACCCCCGGAAGAGCCUGUCGUCUGCAAACGGGACCGACGUCCGAGCGAAGGAGGGCGAGUGAGAAGCGCCGGCAGCUCGGAGGACAUCUCUCCGAGUGCCCCUUUGGAGCGCAGCGGAUCUCCCCUGCGCCGCACAAACUCUAGUCCCGAGGUUCCCGCCCAGAGGCCCCCCGGAGACGGCUGCAAAACGGCCAGCCCCGGGUCGGCUCCGCAGAGUCCGUCGGCCAUCUUCGAUCGGCUGGACGAAGAGGGCGCCAGGCUGGCAUUGCGGAAGUCGCCGCGCAAGGACGACAGGUACGACUGCAUUCCCGAAGAAUCGCACUGGGGUCUGCGGGCCCCUCCAUUCUCAAAGGCAAGGCUCAAAUUGGACCUGUCCCCGUCGGCCAUGAGCGAGCCCCCAGUGGGGCCGGCCACGUCGCUGCACAGUCCCCCGCCACUAUCGCGUCUGCAAAGCCUGCAGGGUCGGCCCAACGACGGGAGCAGCCCCACCCCGGCGAGCUCGUACCGGGACCGGGGACACACGGUGUCCGGCAUCAGCCCCGUGACGCACCAGGCCACCACACCCACGGUGUCCUACAUCGACAUGUACCGGUGCGGCAUGAACCCACGGUUCGUGUUCCUGCACCUGUACCACAACUCGUUCUUUGGGAAGCCAGGCACUGACGAACCGAUCCCUGUGCCGGAGUCAAAGUGGGAUCGCAGCUCCAAUUCCGGGAACGCGCUGGAUUUCGUGCCGACCUACGAAACUCACAAGAUUGGCGUGGUGUACGUCGGCCCAGGACAGGCCCAGUCGGAGACGGCGAUGCUCUCGAACCGGAGCGGCUCGGAGCGCUACACUCGAUUCCUGCUGGGCCUCGGACGCACGGUGUGCUUGCGGGACCUGGACACCAAGGCCACCUACACGGGAGGGCUGGACGUGCGCGGCGCGGACGGCAAGUACUCCAUCAGCUGGCAGGACGACAUCAUGCAGGUGAUCUUCCACGUGGCCACGCUGAUGCCCAACAAGGAGAACGACCGGCAACGCAGCGACAAGAAGCGCCACAUCGGCAAUGACUACGUCAUGGUGCUCUACAACGACAGCUCCGAGUCCUGCGACAGGGAAACUUUCCGGGGCGAAUUUCACCAUGCCUUCGUGAUCAUAGAACCGUGGAAGCUGGGCAACAACUUGGUGACUCUCGAGGGAAAAGCAGAGGUGAUGGAGCUCUUUCGACACAGCGAGCCACAGGUGGUUCCGGACAGCAGCUUGUCCCUGUACGUUCGGCAACUCGCAUUGCACGCCAACAUUGCAUGCAACAUAGUGCUGCAAAAGACGAAGGGACCUGACCUGUUUGUGAACAACUGGCACGGGCGGCUGCGCCACAUCAACCUCAUCCGUCAGCGCCUCCUGGAUGCCAGAGCCAAGGGAGAGUCUACAGACCCACCUGCUGCCACGGAGGACUUCACUCGGUACCUCUAAGGUAUCGGCCCUACUCAGGACCCAAGAAAAAGACAGAAUUGCCAACAGUGGUGGCCAAAGGUUUUUUUGUUUUCUUUUGUACAUAUAGAGGGUUCACUUACCUCUUGUAACAUAUAGGCAUGUGCCAUGUCCGAAAUGAAAUAUGUUAAAAAAAUUUUUCUAAUUGUCCAAUCCCUUUACCUCCUUC